AUGUUGAUCCCAAGUUCCGUGGAACUGACUCGGGGAGCCCAGGAGCCUGUGCUAGUCCAUCUGCCUGUGGCUCUUGCACCAACAGCUCAAGCAGCUCCUGUUCCUACGGGUGCUGUCCUGGUUCCACGCCUCCAGAUGGAUCUGGCUGCACCACCCCAGGCCACGGGACCUGGAGCGCCUUCCUGUGGGAGGAGUAUAUUCUUUCGCUUCCUCGGCUUUAGCCUGGGAAGAGGGUGGGAGUUGUACACACCAAGUCCAAGUCAAAGCCUGAAGAACCAGUGUGAACUUCUGCUUUGUGUCUUUGUCCGUGACCAUGAGGAUGGAGAUAGGAGCUGGGCUGUUCCUUCAGCUUGGGCUCUCAAUAGUGCCUUCCUAGACUACUGCAGUGACUUCUCAGCAGCUCUGCUUUAUCCGGGCUUCCAGUGCCUCCUUGAGCUGACACCAGAGGCAGCUCUAGAAACGUGGUGGAGCAUCCUCAUCAUGCUCAAGAUGCUGCCCGGCUCCCACCACCUGCAGGAUCAAGCUGCAGGUGGUGCUCUGCUCUCCUCUGCUGGGUCCGUCCUCAGGUCUUGGAUUCUGGGUCGCUGGCGGGCUGAUGCCAACAUCCUCCUCCCUCUCCCCCGGAUUUUUGUCAACUGCAGCCUGAUGCUGGGGAAGAUUCGUUGCUUUGGCUUUGACAUGGACUAUACUCUGGCCGCGCCUGAAGCCUACAAGCCCCCAGCCUAUGAGGCCCGAGUUGAGCUGCUGCUGGAGUGCCUGGUGUGCAGUGGGUACCCACUCGAGAUCCUGUGCUAUACCUACAACCCCACCUUCCCCACCAGGGAGCUGGUGUUUGAUGCACUCUGUGGGAACCUGCUGAAGGUGGACACCCACGGGAAUGUGCUGUUGGGUGAUGGCUUCACCUUCCUCUCAGAGGCAGAGAGCUGGAGCUUCUACCCCGGCAAGUUCAUUCAGAGGGACGACCUGCAGCGCUUCCACAUCCUCAACACACUCUUCAACCUGCCUGAAACCUACCUCUGUGCCUGCCUGGUGGACUUCUUCUCCGGCUGCUCCUGUUACACCAACUGUGACACUGGAUAUCAGCAUGGGAACCUCUUCAUGUCCUUCUGAAGCCUGUUGCAGGAUGUGGCUGAUGCCAUGAAUAGUGUCCACCAGCAGGGUGCCAGGGGGAUGGUAGUAAGGGCAGAGGUAGGCAGUGGCCCAAGCUUGGUUCCCUGGCCCUGCCCUGUCCUUGUGACCUACCUGUUCAGCACCAGUGAGGCUGAAGCCUCGGCCAGCCCCUGGAGGUCCUACUUCGACCUGAUCAUGGUGGACACGCAGCAGCCCUGCUUCUUUUAGGAAGGGAGGGUCAACAUGGACUUGGGGAAGCUAGGCGUGAGCACCUACACAGGGCCCCACCAGCACUAUGCUGUCUACUCUGGAGGCUCGUCCGACAUGGUUUGUGAGCUCCUUGGGGUUUGGGGGAAGGACAUCCUGUACAUUGGGGACCACAUUUUUGGGGACAUUCUCAAGUCCAAGAAGUGGCAGAGCUGGGGGACUUGCCUAAUGGUUCCUGAGCUGUCCUGGGAGCUGGACAUCUGGGCCCUGGAGAAGGAGCAGUAGGAGGAGCUGAACAGGCUGGACAUGUGCCUGGUGGACCUGUAUCAGCACAUAGAUGGGAGCAGUUGUGAGCUGUAAGUCAUCAACUUCACUAAGAGAGACCUACAGAUGCCGCAUGAGUUGGUUGUAUAGCAAGAAUGGGCCAAUCUGGACCCUGCCUCCUGCCUCCUCUCUUGCAGCCAGAGGAACUGCAGGGAAAGGGGUGGGGCGAAGGAUAUGAGACAAGAGAAAGUGGAGAAAGGCUGUAGGCUUUGGAUUCGAGUGCUGCUCCUAAAUCUCAGGAACGUGUCUGCGUAG